AUGUACUCAGAGUUUAUAGUCUCACAGACGUUUGUGAUGACGCGUCAUGAGAAAAAGAGUUGUGCAAGACCUGGCGUUGGUUCAGUGAAUGCUGAUAUAAUGGUGCAUGGGCUUGGGAAUUACAAUUGCCAACGUAGUGGACGUAAUUUAAAGCGAUUUAAGCGAUAUAUAUUCGCAUUUGUCGUGUUCAUUGUGUACAGUGCUGAAAAACUAAUAGGAGUAUUGAGAAGGAUCAAGCCUGCGACACAAGUUCAAGCCAAGCCAGACACUGUACCAGAGAGGAAACCAGCAUUGGAACCCGAAACAGAUAUGAAGAAAGUGAUAGAAAAAUAUGAAGGGAUUAGAAUAAAAGCAUACGAUGCUCAACCAAAAAAUCCAAAAGUUCAUGACACGACCAUAGGAAUAGGGUUUAAUUUAAACAGAGAUGGUGCCAAGGAAACGUUUGAGAAGAUCGUACCUGGGGUUGAUUUCAACAAUGUCAAGUCGGGACAGCAAACAAUAACGGAAGACCAAGCUCGUGCUCUAUUCAAUCAUGACGUUGACAACAUAUAUGAACCAAGAGCAAGAAAUAAAGUGGGAAAAGAUGUUUACGACAAACUGCCUUCCAAUGUGAAAACGGCGGUCGUGAAUGCAGUAUACAGGGGAGAUCUAGGACCCAAAACAACAGACUUGAUCAAGCAGGGGAAAUGGAAUGAAGUUGGGAAGGAAUAUCUUGACCAUAAUCAAUACAAGAACGCAGAAGAGCUGGGGAUAUCUGGUGUAAAGACAAGAAUGGACUGGAACAAAAAGCAGUUUGAUACCAUGAUAAAACCUUGAUACAACAACAACAACAACAAAACAAAUAAAAAUAUAAUUUGUAACUUGAGUAGAUGGGAACAAAAAACUGUUUGAUACCAUGAUUGAACAAGAAAAUCAUAGUAAUCACAAUCACAAUAAUUUGAUUUGAAUUGUUUAUAUUUUUGAAUUAUAUGAAACAAAAAUAAGUGAAAGCAUUGGGUCUAUAUAUGUUGUCAUAAUUUUAAACCUCUGUAAACUAUUGAAAUCUGUUACAUUAGCGGUAUAACUUUCUAAGUAUAUACGACAAAUCUAGUUUCUGUUUCAGAUGUAUUGGCAUAUCACCAAAUACAAUACAACUUUGGCCAUUUAAAAAUAUACAGAAAAGGAUGGCCAAGAUAUCACAAAAUACACAUUUAAGUUAUUAAGAAGCAACAACAUCUGCAAAUAUUUCCUUUCUUAACUGCAUAGCAUAUUUGGCUGUAUUUCUAUAAUUUAUUAUUGCUUGAAGAUUAUAUUCUAUUAAAUUUAUUCAUAUAUGCAUAGAGGAUAUUUGUUUGUUUCAGUGCAAGAUCGAAAUAUACUUCGCCGAGUGAAUUUCAGAUACAAUAUUUUUAGUGGCACAGCCAAGAUUGAAAAUGUAAAAUAAAGUGUUCACGAGUGAAACAUAUGUCCAUCUUACAUGUGAAACAAACAAAUAUUCUUCUUAUUUCAUGCAUUUGCAAUCUGCAACGUCUUUAACCAAAUAAUAUCCAUGCAUAUUUUCAACACAACGCCACGUAAAUUGCGUCAUGUGAAAUAAAAAUAUUUACGCUGAAAAAAUGUUUAAUAGUUCUAAUAGAUUCCAUUCUGAUAGAGCCCUGUAUAAUGAACACAAGUAAGAAAUCCAACUGAACAUGUGCAGUUUUUUUAAUGUGCCAACAUUUUACGAUAGUAAAUAUUGUUUGUGCAACUGUGUUGAAAAAUGUGUAACUAUAUAUCGACCUUAUGACUACAGUUCAUUUAGUUCCUUUGUGAUUUUGAAAAUGAACUUUAAAUCCAAUUAUUUGUCAUAUUUUAUAGACAGAAUUUUUAGUAGACAACAGUUGCUUAACAAGAGGCAACAGUUUUUCAACUACCUUUACUCCUUGUCAAAACCUUAACACUUUUUUAUUUGUUGUUCUUGAAUAUAUUACUCAAAAACAAAUAAUGCAUUGCGAAGGUCGAAGAACAACAUUAAAUAUUAGAACUACAAGCCAUUUCUAACUGAUAUUUACAAAUGAAUCUCGGCAACCGUUUAUGGAAUUCUUUAAUCAUUUACCUUCUUAAGAAUUUGACCGUUCGCAGUAAAAAUGCGGUAUUUCACCAGUUAGGAAUAUAAAUUUAUCAAAUCGAAUGGUAACAAACAUGCACUUUUCUAUAACAACGUGUGUUCUUUCUUUUUUUCUAAAAUGUUCGAAUAACCAAUAAAUUACAAACUUGC